UCACCCUCACCCUCACCCUCACCCCCUCUCCACACCGCCCCUCUCUCUUUCCAUCCAUGUGUAUGCAUCAGCAUCAUCAGCAUCAUCAGCAUCAUCGACUGAUCAUCGUCGUGACCAAGCCCUUAGUUUCGCCCUCUCUCGCGAUUUCUAGGGUUUGGAUAUAGGUGAUCUGGGAGCGGCGAUGGCCGGGAACAGGUCGUCGGCGAGCUUUUCCCUGCGGCUGCAGCAGAUCUUGUCCGGGGGGAUGUCGGCGGCGCCCGCCCUGAAGCUGGAGUCGGAGCCGCCGCCAAAAGUUAAAGCUUUCAUUGACAGGGUAAUUAAAAGCCCAUUACAUGACAUUGCAAUACCUCUUUCCGGUUUCCGUUGGGAAUACAACAAGGGUAAUUUUCAUCACUGGAGGCCGCUAUUUAUGCAUUUUGACACAUACUUCAAGACAUAUCUCUCUUCUAGAAAGGACCUUCUUCUCUCUGAUAAUAUCUCGGAGGAAGAUCCGUUUCCCAAAAACUCUGUCAUACAAAUUCUAAGAGUGAUGCAAAUUAUUUUAGAAAAUUGCGCCAAUAAGACUUCCUUUGGCGGUCUUGAGCAUUUCAAACUAUUACUUGCAUCCACGGACCCAGAGAUUCUAAUAGCUGCUUUGGAAACCCUAUCUGCACUGGUCAAAAUGAAUUUCUCCAAGAUACAUGUGAGUGGAAAGCUGAUCUCAUGUGGCUCUAUAAAUAGCCAUCUCCUCUCACUUGCACAGGGUUGGGGGAGUAAAGAAGAAGGCUUGGGCUUACAUUCAUGUGUUGCAGCAAACGAGCAUAACCAGCAUGAAGGAUUAUCCCUCUUCCCAUUGGAUACAGAGAGUAGUAAAUCCGAUGGCGUCGAAUACCGUUUGGGUUCGACCCUUCAUUUUGAGUUCAACUUGGGUUCUAAUAUGUGUGUCAUCCAUAUACCGGAUUUACAUCUUCGAAAGGAGGAUGACUUAACCAUCUUGAAGCAAAUCGUCGAGCAAUACAAUGUACCUUUAGAGCACCGGUUCUCAUUGCUGACGAGGAUAAGAUACGCACGUGCUUUCCGCUCUACCAGGGUAUGCAGGACGUACAGUCGAAUCAGCCUGCUUGCAUUUAUAGUCUUGGUCCAAUCAAAUGAUGCUCACGAUGAGAUCGUGUCUUUCUUUGCGAAUGAGCCUGAAUACACAAAUGAAUUAAUCAGUCUCGUGCGUUCUGAAGAUUCUGUUCCUGGUUCUGUUAGGGCCCUUGCCAUGCUGGCAUUGGGGGCCCAGUUAGCUGCAUACGCAUCAUCCCAUGAGCGGGCCCGGAUUCUAAAUAAUUCAAGCAUAUUUGCGGCUGGUGGGAACCGCAUGGUGCUUCUAAGUGUUCUUCAGAAAGCUAUUUUAUCUCUUCAAAACCCUAAUGAUGAUCCGUCCUCUCCCUUAUUCGUUGAAGCUCUUCUGCAAUUCUUUCUACUACACGUUCUUUCAUCUUCAAGCUCUGGGAGUGCUAUAAGGGGGUCGGGAAUGGUCCCUCCUCUGUUGCCCCUAUUACAAGAUAAUGAUCCAGCUCAUAUGCACCUUGUUUCUUUAGCAGUGAAGACCCUUCAAAAACUGAUGGAGUAUAGUAGCCCCGCUGUUUCCUUAUUCAAAGAUUUGGGAGGGAUUGAGCUUUUGACUAAUAGACUGCAGAUUGAAGUUCAGAGAGUGAUUGGGAAUGUUGAUGACAACAAUGCAAUGGCAAUUGAUGAAGAUCAUUUGUACACACAGAAGCGGCUAAUAAAGGUCCUGCUUAAGGCAUUGGGUUCUGCGACAUACUCUCCAGCAAAUUCAAAUAGAUCUCAGAAUACCCUUGAUAGUUCCUUACCCGGUUCUCUCUCUCUAAUAUUCCGUAACGUAAACAAAUUUGGAGGAGACAUUUAUUUCUCAGCAGUAACUGUUAUGAGUGAGAUAAUUCACAAGGACCCGACAUGCUUUCCUGCUUUGAAUGAACUUGGUCUUCCAGAUGCAUUUCUCUCAUCAGUUGUUGCUGGUAUACUGCCUUCAUCCAAGGCCCUAAUCUGUGUUCCUAAUGGCCUCGGUGCAAUAUGUCUCAAUAAUAGAGGACUGGAUGCUGUUAAGGAGACUUCUGCCUUGAGGUUUCUCAUAGAGACAUUCACUAGCAGGAAAUAUUUGGUGGCUAUGAAUGAAGGUGUUGUCCUUUUAGCAAAUGCAGUGGAGGAGCUUCUUCGUCAUGUAACUUCUUUAAGAAGCACCGGUGUUGAUAUAAUAAUAGAAAUUAUUAACAAGAUUUCGUCCUUUGGGGAAGACAAAAGCAAGGACGAGAGCACCGACAUGGAGACCGAUAUUGAAAACAAAGCAAGUGAAGGACAUGACUUAGUGAGUUCCAUGAACUCUGGCUCCGAUGGCAUCAGCGAUGAGCAGUUUGUGCAGCUAUGCAUUUUUCAUGUCAUGGUUUUGGUUCAUCGAACGAUGGAAAAUUCCGAGACUUGCAGAUUGUUUGUAGAGAAAGGAGGUGUUGAAGUUCUGCUAAAGCUUCUCCUUAGACCCAGCAUUACACAGUCAUCUGAAGGGAUGCCAAUCGCUUUGCAUAGCACUGUGGUCUUCAAGGGCUUCACACAGCAUCACUCUGUGCCUCUCGCGCGCGCAUUUGCCUCCUCUUUAAGGGAGCAUCUGAAAAAAGCUUUAAGUGGGUUUACUUCAACUUCUGGCUCAUUUCUUCUGGACCCCAAAGCUGUACCGGAUAAUGGAAUCUUUUCUUCUCUCUUUGUUGUUGAGUUCCUUCUUUUCCUUGGUGCUUUGAAGGAUAAUCGUUGGAUGAGUGCGUUACUCACUGAAUUUGGAGACACAAGCAGGGAUGUACUCAAAGAUAUAGGACGGGUCCACCGAGAAGUUCUGUGGCAAAUUGCCCUUCUUGAAGACUCAAAAAUUGAGACAGAUGCUGACUCAUCCUCUUCUGCAAAUGACACACAGCGGGUGGACCCAACUGCAGAUGAAUCUGAAGAUAAUCGAUUUAGCUCGUUCAGGCAAUAUCUGGAUCCUUUGUUGAGGCGGAGGGCAUCAGGGUGGAGCAUAGAAUCUCAAGUUUCUGACCUCAUUAAUAUAUAUCGGGAUCUUGGCCGCACUGCUAGUGGCAGUUCACAUAGACUCAGUUCAGACAAUUUUCCAAGUUUGCGGCUUUUGUCAAGUUCCCAAGGUGAGCAAUCCACUCCUGCCGAUGCAAGUACUAGUAGCAGUAGCAGCAAGGUAGAAGAGGAUAAAAGGAGAUCUUAUUAUUUAUCUUGCCGUGACAUGAUGAGAUCACUGUCUUACCACAUCAACCAUCUUUUCACGGAGGUUGGGAAAGCAAUGCUGCUCACUUCUCGUCGUGAAAAUAAUCCUGUGAAUAUAUCCCCUUCUGUUGUUUCUGUUGCUACUACUAUGUCCUCCAUUGUAUUGGAUCACUUGAACUUUGAAGGGCAUGCAAGUCCAACUGAAAGGGAGGUCUCUGUAACCACGAAAUGCCGAUACCUUGGGAAAGUCAUUGAAUUUAUCGACGGCUUUCUCUUAGACAGGCCCGAAUCAUGUAAUCCAAUAAUAGUAAACUGCUUUUACGGCCAUGGCGUUAUUAAUGCAAUCUUAACCACCUUCGAAGCCACUAGUCAGUUGCUCUUUGCAGUAAACUGGGUCCCUGCUUCUCCAAUGGAGACCGAUAGUAUGAGCUCUAAGGAGGAAAAGGAAGAAAAUGAUUAUUCUUGGUUGUAUGGUCCAUUGGCCAGCUAUGCUACAACUAUGGACCAUCUUGUUACAUCAUCCUUCAUUCUCUCUUCUUCGACGAAGCAGUUACUUGAGCAAACUAUUGCAAAUGGCACUGUUCCAUUUCCUCAUGAUGCUGAAACACUUGUAAAAUCACUUCAGUCCAAGGUAUUAAAGGCAGUGCUCCCUAUCUGGACCCAUCCUCACUUUGCUGAGUGCAAUAUGGAGUUUGUUAGUGCUAUGAUAUCGAUUUUGAGGCAUGUUUAUACGGGGGUCGAAGUUAAGAAUGUUGUAGGCAAUAUUGGAGCACGCUUGGCUGGCCCCCCUCCCGACGAGUCAGCAAUAUCACUAAUAGUUGAGAUGGGCUUUUCUCGGGCGAGGGCUGAAGAAGCUUUAAGGCAGGUGGGAACAAACAGUGUUGAAAUUGCGACUGAUUGGUUGUUUUCACACCCAGAGGAACCUCAAGAAGAUGAUGAACUGGCUCGUGCUCUUGCAAUGUCUUUAGGGAACAAUGAUUCUUCGUCAAAGGAAGAUGAAGCUGCAAAAUCUAAUGAAAUUGAGCUUGAAGAGGAGACAGUUCAAUUGCCUCCAGUUGAUGAGAUACUAUCCUCAUGUGUCAAACUUCUCCAGACAAAGGAAUCGUUAGCUUUCCCUGUUCGAGAUCUACUCGUGAUGAUUUGCUCACAAAAUGAUGGCCAGCACCGAUCAAAGAUUCUCACAUAUAUUAUUGAUCACGUGAAAAGUUGCUGCAUAGUGCCUGACCAAUCGAGGCAUACUACAUUGUCUGCUCUAUUGCAUGUUCUUGCCUUAGUUCUCCAUGAUGAUGUGGCUGCACGAGAAGUUGCCUCACAAGCUGGUCUGGUGAAGAUAUCUUUGGAUCUGCUUUCUGGGUGGGAAAUUGGCUCGUUCGAUGGUGACAAGAAACCAGAGGUUCCAAAGUGGGUCACUGCCUGUUUCCUUUCUAUCGAUCGUAUGUUGCAGGUUGACCCAAAAUUGACUCCAGAAAUUAUCGAACAGGAGCUUCUGAAGAAGGAAAACACCGCCGUUACCCAAACUUCUGUUGUUAUUGAAGAGAACAAGAAGGAUCUUGAAUCCUCGCUGAACAGGCGUUUCUUGGAUAUUGACAAUCAGAAGAGGCUCUUAGAGAUUUGUUGCAGAUGUAUCAAAAGCCAUUUACCUUCGGAGACAAUGCACGUGGUGCUUCAGUUAUGUGCUACACUCACAAAAGUCCAUUCAGCUGCUGUUAGUUUUCUUGAUUCUGGAGGCUUGCAUGCUUUACUUAGCUUGCCUACCACCAGCUUAUUUCCAGGAUUUAAUGCUGUGGCGGCUGCAAUUAUCCGGCACAUUCUAGAAGACUCACACACUCUCCAGCAAGCCAUGGAGUUAGAGAUUCGACAUAGUCUUCUAACUGCUGCAAAUAGGCAUUCAAAUGCUAGGGUCACCCCGCGAAGUUUUGUCCAAAAUUUGGCUUUUGUUAUAUCGCGGGAUCCAGUUGUUUUUAUGAGAGCUGCUCAGGCUGUAUGUCAGAUUGAGAUGGUAGGUGAUAGACCAUAUCUUGUGUUGCUGAAAGACCGUGAGAAAGAGAAAGAGAAAGAGAAAGAGAAAGAGAAAGAGAAGACUAAGGACAAAGACAAAGACAAAGACAAAGACAAAGACAAAGACAAAGCAAUCGAGAAAGAUAAGUCGGCAGCAGCUGAGGGUGCUAAACUCACAGAUUCGAAUGCGAAGGCUGCCAAAACUCAUCGAAAAUCCCCUCAAAGUUUUGUAGCUGUAAUUGAGCAUUUGCUAGAUUUAGUUGUUUCUUAUGUUCCUCCUCCCCCAAAAGCCGAGGAUCAAUCUGAAGGUGUUUCUACUAACACCUCAGUGGUGGACAUGGACAUUGACACUUCCACUUCAGCUAAGGGUAAAGGGAAGGCUAUUGCUGUUUCUUCUGACGACAACAAAACUGCUGCUCAGGAGGCUUCAGCUUCCCUCGCGAAAACUGCUUUUCUGUUGAAGUUGUUGACAGAGAUACUCUUGACUUAUUCUUCUUCGAUUCAUAUUCUUCUUCGUCGGGACGCAGGCAUAUCAGGUAUUAGCAGCAGCGGCGUAUUCAGUAAUAUUCUUCACAAAUUUCUCCCUUAUCCUGCGAAAGAAAAGAAAGACAAGAAGGCUGAUGGAGAUUGGAGGCAGAAGUUAGCUAGCAGGUCUAACCAGUUCUUGGUGGCAUCAUCUAUACGUUCCACAGAGGGGCGGAGAAGGAUAUUUUCAGAAAUUAAUAAUGUUUUUGUUGACUUCAUCGAUUCAUCUGGCGGAUGCAAGGCUCCAAAUUAUAGUAUGAAUGCAUUUGUUGAUCUCCUUAAUGAUAUCCUCGCUGCUCGCUCCCCGACUGGUUCAAAUAUUUCAGCAGAGGCUUCGGUAACGUUUAUAGAUGUUGGGUUAGUUCGAUCGUUGAUGAAAACCCUACAAGUUCUGGACUUGGACCAUGCUGACUCAUCGAAGAUUGUGACCGGAAUCAUUAAGGCUCUUGAAUCAGUUACUAAGGAAUAUGUUCAUUCAGCUGAUCUUAAUGCGAGAGGGGACAACAAUUCUUCAAAUCUUGCUUCUAAUCUAAAUCAACCGGACUCAUCUUUUACUGUCGGUAAUAGAUUCCAGUCCCUGGAAACAACAUCCCAACCUGAUCAUAAUGCUGAUGCAGCGGACCAUAUGGAAGAACCUUUCAAUGCUGUGCAGGAUUCAGGCAGUUCAGACUCUGGUACAGAUGAUAUGGAUCAUGACCGUGAGUUGAAUCGCGAAGCUGAAGAUGAUUUCAUGCAUGAAAAUUCGGAAGAUGGUGCUGGCAAUGAGAAUGGUGUGUCUACCGUUGAAAUCACAUUUGAUAUUCCAAGGGAGGAUGAUAUGGCUGAUGAAGAUGAUGACGAUGAUGAUGAAGACAUGUCAGGGGAUGAUGGAGAUGAAGCUGAGGAAGAUGAUGAAGAUGAGGACGACGAAGACGAUGACGAUGAAGAAAAUAAUGAUUUGGAGGAAGAUGAAGUCCACCAGAUAUCGCAUCCUGACACGGAUCAGAAUGAUCACGAGAUUGACGAUGAAGAAUUUGAUGAGGACAUGUUAGAGGAGGAUGAUGACGAGGACGAGGAUGAUGAUGGAGUUGUCCUCCGGCUUGAAGAGGGCAUUAAUGGUAUAAAUGUUUUUGACCAUAUUGAGGUUUUUGGUGGGAACAACAAUUUUCCUGGUGAUACAUUGCGUGUGUUGCCUCUCGACAUAUUUGGCUCGAGACGCCAAGGUCGCACUACGUCUAUAUACAACCUCCUUGGAAGAGGUGGUGAUCACGGGGCCCAUCUAGAACAUCCUCUGUUGGAGGGGCCUUCUUCCUUAAGGCACCUUGUUCGGCAAAGACAGUCAGACAAUGUAGUUGAUGCAGCUUUCUCGAGUAGAAAUCACGACAAUACUUCAUCCCGUUUGGAUGCUAUAUUCCGAACAAUUAGAAGCGGGCGACAUGGACACCGUUUUGACAUGUGGCUGGAUGACAGGGCCCAACGUGGUAUAUCUAAUACUCCGACAGUUCCUCAAGGCAUUGAGGAUUUACUAGUUUCCUAUUUAAGGAGGCCUACACCUGAACAACCUUCUAACCCUAACGGCUCUUCAACUCAUCCCCAAGAAAAUGAACCCAACCCAUUGCAGAGACCAGAAACUGAAGCAAGGGUAGAAGAACCUGUAGUACAAGGUGCAAACAAUGGUUCAGAAAACACUUCCGAUAUUGCACCUCCAGAUGGUGAUUCACUUCAGGAAAGAGAUUCACUUCAAGAAAGAGAUGCACCCAAUGCAAGCGAACAGGUUACUAUGCAGCUUGAACGCAGCGAAACUGCUGUUCGAGAUGUAGAAGCCAUAAGCCAAGCAAGCAGCGGAAGUGGGGCCACACUUGGGGAGAGCCUUCGAAGCUUGGAGGUGGAAAUUGGAAGUGCCGAUGGACAUGUGCCUAUAAGCAGUAGAGAUAUUUCUGUGGUGAGUGUCAGUGAAGUCCCACAAAACCCUAGUCAAGAAGCUGAGCAGGGCGGCCUACAAGAGGAGCAGCAGGCUGAUAGGCAAGCGGAUGCGGACUCAAUUGACCCGACUUUUCUAGAAGCACUCCCAGAGGAUCUGAGGGCUGAAGUGCUUAACUCGCGUCAGAAUCAAGUAGGGCAGCCUUCUGCUGAGCAGUCUCAGGCAGAUGGAGAAAUUGAUCCUGAAUUUCUUGCUGCUCUUCCGCCUGAUAUUCGUGAAGAAGUCUUAACACAGCAACGCGCUCAAAGGCUGCAGCAAUCACGAGAAUUGGAAGGGCAGCCCGUUGAAAUGGAUGCCGUUUCUAUUAUUGCAACCUUUCCAUCAGAUAUACGUGAAGAGGUACUUUUGACCUCUCCAGAUACUCUGCUGGCUACUCUGCCUCCCGCCCUUGUUGCUGAAGCUACUAUGUUGCGGGAAAGGUUUGCUCACCGGUAUCAUAACAGCGGGCUCUUUGGCAUGAACUCGAGAAGCAGGCGGGGUGAUUCCUCUCGACGUGGUGAAAUAGGCGGUUCUGGUUUAGAUAGAAGUGCUGGAGAUUCUGCUUCACGUAAAUUAACUAGCAAGAUGGUUGAAGCUGAUGGGGCUCCUCUAGUGGACAUGGAUGCUCUAAAAGCUUUGAUUAGGCUGCUUCGUGUCGUUCAGCCCCUGUACAAAGGUCAACUGCAGAGGCUUCUUUUGAACCUCAGUUCACAUCAAGAAACAAGAGCUUCUUUGGUGCAAAUUCUGGUAGAUAUGCUUAUGCUUGAUCUCCAGGGAUUUUCUGGUAAAUCAGUUGAUGCUGCCGAGUCCCCAUUCAGAUUGUAUGGUUGUCAAAGCUACAUAACAUACUCCCGUCCUCAACAUGCGGAUGGAGUGCCGCCAUUGGUUUCUCGCCGUGCACUAGAAACCCUGACAUACUUGGCCAGAAAUCAUCCAAAUGUGGCGAGACUCUUGCUUCACCUAGAGCUUCCUCAUCAAAUCGAAACUUCUGAUAAGGCGCGUGGGAAGGCCAUCAUCAUGGAAGAACAGAGGCUGGAAGAUAAGAAGGGUGUUUUUGCUAUUGUGCUGCUGCUGCGUCUCUUAAAUCAACCCUUGUACAUGAGGAGUGUAGCUCAUCUUGAACAGUUAUUAAACCUUCUUGAAGUUGUCAUGGUCAAUGCUGACAACGACUCAGAUCAAUCUGGUAAAUCCGAAGCAUCUCCUGAUAAACCCUCCGGUUCCGAGAGCACCAUGCAGGAUGCACACGAUAAUGCCAACGCUGCUGGAUCUUCUGCUGCCAUCGAUCAUGAGACUAAACCCGAAGCAGCCAAUAGCGGUGAAAGUUCACUGCGUGCUGUUUUGCUCAGCCUACCUCAAGCUGAACUUAGGCUACUGUGUUCGUUGCUUGCACGUGAAGGACUAUCAGAUAAUGCAUAUGUUCUGGUGGGUGAGGUAUUGAAGAAGAUUGUGGCUCUGGCCCCCAUGUACUGCAGCCUCUUUAUAACAGAGCUUGCACACUCAAUGCAAAACUUAACAGCACGAGCGAUGGAUGAACUGCAGUUAUAUUCGGACGCUGAAAAGGCCCUUAUCAGCUCGUCCUCGACGAAUGGGACUGCAAUCCUUAGGGUUUUGCAGUCACUGAGCUCUCUUGUUGCCACACUACAGGACAAAAAGGAUCCACUUUUACACCCAGAAAAGGAUUUUUCUGAUGCUCUUUCAAAAGUGUGGGAUAUAAACUCAGCAUUGGAAUCCUUGUGGCUUGAGCUCAGCAACUGCAUAGGAAAAAUCGAGAGCUCCUCAGAAUCCCCGUCCGAUAUCGUAUCGACUGCUGCGAAUGCAGGACCCUCAAAUGCAGGUGUUGCUCCUCCGCUGCCAGCUGGCACCCAAAAUAUACUGCCAUAUAUAGAAUCAUUCUUUGUGACUUGCGAGAAGUUACACCCCGGCCAAUCGGAGGCGGUUCAAGAUUACGCACCUUCGACACCUUCUGAUAUAGAAGAAGCCUCGACGUCAAGUGGUGGGGGGCCAAAGUCGACUUCAGGAAGUCAUUUCCAUGUCGACGAGAAGCAUGGUGCUUUCGUGAAGUUCUCAGAGAAGCACAGGAAGUUGUUGAACGCCUUCAUUCGUCAAAAUCCGGGCUUACUUGAGAAAUCAUUUUCUUUGAUGCUGAAAGUUCCACGAUUCAUCGAUUUUGACAAUAAGAGGGCCCACUUCCGAUCAAAAAUUAGGCACCAGCAUGAUCAUCAUCAGGGUCCGGUGCGUAUCUCCGUGCGGCGGGCGUACAUACUGGAGGACUCAUAUAACCAGCUUAGGAUGCGAUCACCGCAGGAUUUGAAGGGUAGGUUGACCGUUCAUUUUCAAGGAGAGGAAGGUAUUGAUGCUGGCGGGCUCACCAGGGAGUGGUAUCAGUUACUGUCGCGUGUAAUUUUUGAUAAGGGUGCUCUUCUAUUCACGACUGUGGGUAAUGAGUCGACCUUUCAACCAAACCCUAAUUCCGUUUACCAGACAGAACAUCUCUCAUACUUCAAGUUUGUUGGGCGUGUGGUUGGUAAAGCACUCUUCGAUGGCCAGCUUCUCGAUGUUCAUUUCACUCGAUCUUUCUACAAGCAUAUUCUGGGAGUUAAGGUUACUUAUCAUGACAUUGAGGCGAUCGAUCCUGAUUACUAUAAGAACCUAAAAUGGAUGCUUGAGAACGAUAUAAGUGAUAUUUUGGACCUCACCUUUAGUAUGGAUGCUGAUGAAGAGAAGCUCAUACUUUAUGAGAAAGCAGAGGUGACUGAUUGUGAGUUGAUUCCUGGAGGCCGGAAUAUUAGGGUUACUGAAGAAAAUAAGCACGAAUACGUAAAUCGAGUAGCAGAGCAUCGGCUAACAACGGCUAUCAGGCCUCAAAUAAAUGCAUUUUUAGAAGGCUUUAAUGAGUUGAUUCCUCGGGAGCUCAUAUCCAUCUUCAACGACAAAGAGCUGGAACUGCUAAUCAGUGGCCUUCCGGAUAUUGAUUUGGACGAUUUAAGAGCGAAUACAGAGUAUUCUGGCUACAGCAGCGCCACCCCUGUAAUCCAGUGGUUCUGGGAAAUCGUUCAGGGCUUCAGCAAGGAGGAUAAAGCUCGAUUCCUCCAGUUUGUGACUGGCACUUCCAAGGUUCCAUUGGAAGGAUUCAGUGCUCUUCAGGGAAUCUCAGGUUCGCAGAGGUUUCAGAUUCACAAGGCUUAUGGCACCACCCACCAUCUCCCGUCCGCUCAUACCUGCUUCAACCAACUAGACCUGCCAGAGUACACCUCCAAAGAGCAGCUGCAGGAGAGGCUGCUCCUUGCGAUCCACGAAGCAAACGAAGGGUUUGGAUUUGGCUGAGCAAAAUCCGGGCCUUGCGAUCCGCACCGUCCGAUUUUGUACAUAAACAAAACCAGAGAGCUGCUGCGUAAGGGGCCGAGCGCAAGCGACCGCCGACCGUAAUUUGACUUGUGUCGAAAGAGCGAACGAGAGCCGUUGGAUCGUCAGUGUACAUCGUUUAUUGGACACAUAUAAUAUGAGCUGAUUUUAACUGCUGGGAUGAUGGAUUUUUAACUUCAAUAUAAUGUUUUCUCCUUUCUCUUUCUUUUUUUUGUUUUAAGUGGUCCUGCAAGUUUUAUGCUGCAGAUGAUGAUGAUAUAUGAAUGGGGAAAGUGGUGGUGGAUUCGUGAUUUUAGUAGAUAUUUUCGCUUCAUGUUA